AUGAGCAGCGGUGCAAACUGCACGGAUCAGCUGGGGCCCGGAAUUCCCCCCUUCACCGCGGCCUGGGGACUGUGGGUCCUCUUUGGGGCUGUGACGCUGCUGCUUCUCGUCUCGCUGGCUGCACACUUGUCCCGCUUCAGCAGUGGCUGGAGGAGGAACCGUCCAGAAAAGGGACAUUCUGGAGGGUCUGUGGAAGAGGUCCCCCUGUAUGGGAACCUGCAUUAUCUGAAGACAGGACGCCUGUCUCAAGACCCAGGGCCAGACCAGCAGGAUCCAACACCUGGAGGCCCCGCCAGGGCUGCGGAGGAGGUGAUGUGCUACACCAGCCUGCAGCUGCGGCCUCCUCAGGGCCGAGCCCUGAGCCCUGGAGCCCCCAUCAAAUACUCAGAGGUGGUGCUGGACGCGGAGCCCAAGCCCCAGGCCCCGGGCCCAGAGCCCGAGCUCUAUGCGUCCGUGUGUGCCCAGACCCCCAGAGCCCGGGCUUCCUUCCCAGACCAGGCCUACGCCAACAGCCAGACGGCACCCAGCUGA